UCUAUACAAUUACAUCGUCCUUAUCUAUGCCCAGUACAGCUUUAUUUGUAGAUAACAAGGGACUAAAAUGUCGAAAUCUCUGUACAUCUAUAUUCCCUUGAUUGUCUUAAUCGGCUGUCUUUGGAACACUGAUGGAAUACCACGAUCCAAAAAAACGUUUGUCCCAAUCAACAUAGAACCGGACGAAUGGUCUAAUUAUGGGUUCCUGUACCAAAAACAUUUUAUGGCCAUGAAGAAAGGAGGAUAUCGCCACAGGCCUGUAACUUGCUGGAUGUACAACACGACAGUGGAAGAAAUACCAUUAGUUCACUCUCAGGACGGACUCAAAUUGGUUGAGCUGAAGGUGAUGCAGCUAGCCAGUAGUCAGGUGGGAAGAGUGCUUAAUUUCCAGGAGGCACACACGGCUCUGAUGUCAAUUGAUAGGCACAUAGCUGUCUUCUGUCACUCCUCAGCAAAUACAACCACUGUCAUCUGGUUGGAAGCGGUAUAGAUGGAAUUGGGCAUUACUGGCAUUAACGUCUUAUAAUUGUGUAAAUGUGCAAUGGUUGUUUAUCAUCGAACACCUUUGAAAAUAAAACAGCGCUCACUACGUAA